GGAAGAUGGAGGAGGCAUCGUAGGCUUGAGGACAUGAAGAUGCGGAUAAUAGAUUUGUGCGACGUAAGACUGCCAUACAGGAAUAUAAAACGCUUAAUGGAUAUACCACCGAGCACAUUUUAACGACAUCAAUUCGACGGCAGGACUAAAUUAAAUUCCGUUCAAUUUGGUUUCAGUUUUAAAUUUAGUUUUAUUCAUUUAAAUAAAAUAAUAUUUGAAUAGCUACAUUUUGUGUUUUAAGAAGAUGCGGGAGAGUUUCGCUGUGAGACGUGUCUUCGUGUUAUAAUUAAUUUGUAUAGGUAGGCCAGAAAGAUAUGGAAAACAAAAGGUUAAUGCGGAUGGUGAAUGCAGAGGAUGAGGAAAACGAAUAAUAAACUGCAUCGCUAACGUCCUUUAGUGCGUCUAUGACGUAACGCUCGACAACUUGAACGCACACUUCAGAAAACAGACGGAUUUGAAAACAUUGAAAGAUGAAGGUGCAGCCGGUCAUUCUCUAUUUGUGGGCAUUGAAGACACUUCUGCCGGUCACCUUCUCUGCCGCCGAUUCUUCCCCGGUGCUUCUGCGUUUUCCCUUGCGGCAGGGGUCCCUCUCACAGCCUGCAUCCACCAGGGGUCCUUGUCAAUCUGUCAGGAUGAGGAGGGGAGCCGGUGGGAUGAAAUUUGUGAACAUGGUCGACAAUCUGAGAGGAAAGUCUGGACAGGGGUAUUACAUCGAAAUGGCUGUGGGCACACCGUCCCAGAAGCUGAACAUCUUGGUGGAUACAGGCAGCAGUAACUUUGCAGUGGGUGCUGCUGCUCACCCAUUUCUACACAGAUACUACCAUCGCUCACUUUCUACGUCGUACAGAGACCUGGUCCACAGUGUGUAUGUGCCAUACACACAGGGCCGCUGGGAAGGGGAACUGGGUACUGAUUUGGUGUCAAUUCCUCAUGGGCCCAACGUUUCACUGAGGGUAAACAUAGCUGCCAUUACCCAGUCUGACCGCUUCUUCAUCAAUGGAUCCAACUGGGAAGGAAUUCUAGGGCUUGCCUAUGCGGAGAUUGCAAGGCCGGAUGAGACAUUGGAGCCGUUCUUUGACUCUCUGCUGAGACAGACCAGCGUCCCAGAUGUGUUUUCACUGCAGCUCUGUGGAGCAGGAUACACCCAGAACUACAGCGCAGGCAGUUCUACUGUAGGGGGCAGUAUGGAGCAUCCAGUACACAGAAUCAGCAACAACACACAGAGACCAUCAAAUCUUCGGAUAACCUGGACACUGGAACAUUUUUCCAGCAUCAUUGGGGGAAUAGAUCCAUCAUUAUAUGUCGGUGAGCUGUGGUACACACCAAUCAGGCGUGAAUGGUAUUAUGAGGUCAUUAUAGCGCGCAUUGAAGUUAACGGACAGGACCUCAAUAUGGACUGCAAAGAGUAUAACUAUGAUAAAAGUAUCGUGGACAGUGGCACUACAAACCUGCGUCUCCCACGUAAGGUGUUCCAGUCUGCUGUGAAGGCCAUUGAAGCUGCCUCCUCGACCGAACAGUUUCCCUCAGGUUUUUGGCUGGGUGAGCAGCUGGUAUGUUGGCAGUCUGGCACCACGCCCUGGCACAUCUUCCCAGUGAUCUCCCUCUAUCUGAUGAGUGAAAACAGAAACCAGUCUUUCCGAAUCUCCAUCCUACCACAGCAGUACUUGAGGCCGGUGGAAGACGUGGCGUCGGCACAAGAGGACUGUUAUAAAUUCGCUGUCUCUCAGUCCAGCACCGGUACAGUAAUGGGUGCUGUCAUCAUGGAGGGUUUCUAUGUGGUUUUCGAUCGAGAACAUAAACGCAUUGGCUUCGCUGUCAGCACAUGUCACGUCCAUGAUGAGUUUCGUACUGCCUCAGUGGAGGGUCCAUUCCAUGGCGUUGACCUAGAAGACUGUGGCUACAAUGUCCCUCAGACUGAUGAGUCCACACUUAUGACAAUCGCCUACAUUAUGGCUGGCAUCUGUGCCCUGUUUAUGCUGCCUCUGUGUCUCAUGGUCUGUCAGUGGCGUUUUACACGGUGCCUUCAGCCGCUGGGGGCUGGAGACUUCUCUGAUGACAUAUCCCUCCUGAAGUGAGCCAUCAAUAAACAAAGGGCGAUAACACUGUUUGCAUCUUUGAGGGCAUCAAUGAAAACCCCUCAAACAGAGGAUAAACACCGGCAGAACGACAACAAUUAUAACUAUAUAAUUGGAAUCCUGUCUUGGAGGGAUUUUGAUCUCUCAAUUUCAGUUUGACUAUAUGUGAUAUGUGAAUGAUCCCAUAUCUUACAGGUUGGAUAGUUGUUUUGGGAAAAAUGUAGUAAUGCUUAAGUAAAAUACUGUAAAGCAGUGGUUUUCAAACUGGCGACUAUGGGUGCCCAGGAUGCAUCCAGGGGGACCAGAGUUUUUGUGGCAUUUUAUGAAAUAUAGAAAUGUAUCAUACAUUUUGUGUAGUUAUACAUCUGAUAAAAAAGACCACAAACCAAAAUAAUUGCUGGUUGAGCAUUACAUAAUUGAAUAUGUAUUUGCUUUAAUUAAAAUUCUACUUAAGAUUACAAGUCUUUAAUUUGGGGGGCCUAGGAUGCACCCCACACAAUGGGGUCCUUACAACUAAUUUUUUUGAGAACCACUGCUGUAAAGUAUAUGUGAGUGUGUGCAUCUCUCUCUCUCUGUGUGUGUGUGUGUGUGUGUGUGUGUGUGCAAGAGAUAGAAUUUGUGCACAGCUAGGAUGUCAUAUACUAAUAUUUGAGCAUCAAGAAAUGCAGAGUAUAAUGUUGGGAAUGCAUUUUUGUUUCUUUUAUUACAAACAUCAUAUUCAAGUAUCUGUCAACCAAGGAAUUAAAAUGUAUUAUAAUAGGUAUUAAAAUACAUUGCAGAGACAUAUUGUGAAUGUCAUAAUUAAAAGCUUACAGUAAAUAGACCAAUAUGUUCAACAGUUUACAAUAGGUUGUAUUUGUUCACAUUAAUAAAUGCAUUAGCGGAAAGUAACUAACAAUGAGCAAUAAAGAGUUUCUGCAGUUUUUGCAACUUUUGAUUUUAACCCUCAUGUUGUAUUCAGGUUAUUUUGACCCGAAGAAAAUGUGCUUUUCACAAAAUAUACAAUCUAAUGUUAUUACAUUGGACUGAAACUGACUUUGUUCACACAGACUAUAACAACGUCUCCGGAAAAAAAAAUGAUGAUUUUUGUUGAUUAUUGAUUGAUUUUGUCCCUUUUGUUUUUUUAUUCUACCUUGUGGUGUUCCCAGUCAAAAAGUACCGACCUACAGAACAUAGCUUAUAAAUCUCUUGUUAUGCAACAUUAUCACCAAAUAUUGGAUUCAACCUUUUUGUCAACUGGUUUUCUUUCAGUUAGGACAGGUUUUGUAUUUCUUUUUCAAACUGAUUUAAUAUAGCCCGGCUCUCAUUCAUUCGCUUAGUUUUGAAUUUCUGUACAGUUUGUGUUGCUCUAUGAAAUUGUCUUAGUAUUAAAGUGUCAGUGGGUUUGUUUUUGUUUGUCACAUUUACCAGAUUUGACAGACAAAGUCAUAUUGUUGUUGAAGUUUCUAUCAUUUGCUAAUUAAAAAGUACAGCUUACUGGAAUAAGACAGAAUUGUUAUUGUCUAUGAAAUGUUCCAAGAGAUGUUCUCUGUCAUGAAGCCAUAGAUUUUAAAAAAAGCCUUAUGUUUUUUUGUGGAGAGAGACAUUUUGGCCUUCUUUUCUCUCUCUCCGGUCUCGUCUCUGUUCCCGCCCUCUCGGUGCUUGUUUAUCUCUCCAUCAGUGUUUCAUCCCCGACACCUUUCCCUUGUUAAUUAUCAUUUUGUUAGUCUCCCUUUUAAUGCCCUUUUGUUUGCAGUGCUGAUUCGUUUUGUUUGAUCCGCUUGUAUGUAAAGCUCUUCCUUGUAUCUUGCCUUGCCUUGUCUAAAGACUCUAGCCUGUUGGAUUCCGUGCCUAGUUUUAGGUUGUGUGCUUAGAAUGUUGUGUCUUCAUUAUUUAAAUAGUAAGUAGAGUUAUUCUGUCUUCUUGUUUAUGCCCCAACGUGGGAAGUCUUCGUUUUCUUGUUUAUUUAUUGCAAUGUUCCUGUUGUCUCCCCAUCGCAGGGUUUUGUUUUAUUAAAGUUCUGUUUUGUUACCACUUCACUGCUGCCUGCAUCUGGAUUUUUCCCCUUACAUUUCGUGACAGUUCUCUUUAUGAGCGUUGAUGUGUUCUUGUAUGUCAAAAUGGUCAGAUUAGACACAGAAAAGGAACAACUGUUACUUCACACUCUUGUACAGAAAAUACAAUGAUUUCAAAAUAAAUGUUUAUUUUGUGAUCUUCCACAUUAACUUUCAAUUCGGUCAUUUUUUAAGUUGCAUAAGCUCAGAUCAAUAAAGGCUACGAUUACUUGGUUUGGAAAAGAAAUACAAAACAAGUCUUAAAUGAUAGAAAACAAGUUGACAGAAAGAUUGAAUCUAAACUUUGGUGAUACUAUAGCAUAACAGGUGUUUCUAAGCUAUGUUUUGUAGGAAGAUUUUGACAGGGAAAACUACAAGUGUGAUUGAGUUUUCAAAACAGCACAAGGGUUAAAAAUGUACCAGUAAUACUGAAAUUAUCAUGAAAAAAUAUGAAUAAAUGCUUUUGAAGUAUUGUUCAUUGAUAGUAUAUUUUCGGUAAUGCAUAACUAAUGCUAAUGUUAACAAAUAAUUGUUCAAACAAAAUGAUUUAAAAAAUGUAUUAGGACAAGCACAUAGCCUAUGUUAAAUGCACUGUCCUAAUCAAAUCUCCUGAAUAAACCCGCUUAAAAUGUGUCUAGUUUUAAAAGUGUAUCAAAGGAAAUCCAGAUUGGCAGCUGUUGAACGUGUAUUAAAAUGUGUAACCUAUCUGCA